CGCCGCGCGCCGCCCACGCCCCGGACCGGACCCUUGCGCCGCCCGCGACUGUGGCGUCCUGGAGUUGAUGGGAGCUGCAGCACCAAGCCGGGCCAGCCUCCCUCCCAGCCAGUGACAACAGCUCUGCAGCGCCUGGACCCCGCCCACCCGCCUGAGUCCUCUGCCCGGGUCCCCAGGGAUGCGCCUCCUCCUGAGAGUCCCCUCCAUCGUCCCUUAGAGGAACAGGCUGCCGCUGCACCCCCACCAGCCUCCAUUGCCCUGACCUUAUUUCCACCUGAUGGUGCCAGAGGCUGCUUCCCAGCCGGUAUCCUGAGAUCCUCGUUCCCUUGGUGGCUUGGUUGUUUCAGCCUCCGUUCUUGAUUGGGGGGCGGUGGUCUGGGUGUGAUUCCUGUGGGGGAAACCAGCCCGAGGUGCCUUGGCUCAGGCUUGCCUGGAGCCUCGUCAUGUACCCGUCUGUGGCCCUAGAAUCACCUCCUGCUCCUUUUCACUGGGUUUCUCCCCAGACCAAGCCCCUGGAUUUGAGCUUCUGAGCAGCCAACUGUGAUUUUUUUCAUAAAGGAAAGAAUUUUGCUCCUAGAUUUAUUUCUAAUCCUUCUCUCCGUAACUGACCUUUUCUCCGUAAGCUAUUUGUGGCUCUAGUGAGUUUUUGCUUGCUUGCUUGUUUUUGUUUUAUCUUUGCCCUGAACAUCCAUCCUGGCCUCGGCUGCCUCCCUCCCUGAGUUCUGCGCUGCACCUCCUGUCUCAGCCUCCCAGAGAGGGUGGUGAGGGUGCUGAUGCCCAGAGAUACCACCCGGCGAAUGGACCUCUCCCGUCAUGCAGGGCAGGGCAGGGCUGCCAGCAGAGCCUUGUCCUGAACCCUAUCUCCUCCCCCCUGCUCUCCUUAAGGGUCUUUCCCAGAUGUGAAGGUCGCUCCCAGGCUCUACUGAGGCCAGACCUAUUCCCAGUGGCUUGGGGACCCUCGUUCACUCCAGCACCAGCCCCUGCCCUCCUGCUUCCUGGGCCAGGCUGCCAGGUCUUUCACCGUCUGGACUCAUCUCUGGGUAACUCAUGGUGUGAGUGGCCACGUGGCUGGCUCAGGUGUUUGGAGAGUGAACGCCAGGUCCCCUCCUCCCCACCCCCGGCCUCUCAGAAACACGCCCAGCCCCACGAUGGCAGCAGAGACACUCAACUUUGGGCCUGAGUGGCUCAGGGCCCUGUCUGGGGGCGGCAGCGUGGCCUCCCCACCUCCAUCCCCUGCCAUGCCCAAAUACAAGCUGGCUGAUUACCGCUAUGGGCGAGAGGAGAUGCUGGCCCUCUACGUCAAGGAGAACAAGGUCCCAGAAGAGCUGCAGGACAAGGAGUUUGCCGCGGUGCUGCAGGACGAGCCACUGCAGCCCCUGGCCCUGGAGCCGCUGACUGAGGAGGAACAGAGAAACUUCUCCCUGUCAGUGAACAGCGUGGCUGUGCUGAGGCUGAUGGGGAAAGGGGCUGGCCCCCCCCUGACUGGCACCUCCCGAGGCAGGGGCAGCACGCGGAGCCGAGGCCGUGGCCGCGGUGACAGCUGCUUUUACCAAAGAAGCAUCGAAGAAGGUGAUGGGGCCUUUGGACGAAGCCCCCGGGAGAUCCAGCGCAGCCAGAGCUGGGAUGACAGAGGCGACAGGCGGUUUGAGAAGUCAGCAAGGCGGGAUGGAGCACGAUGUGGGUUUGAGGAGGGAGGGGCUGGCCCAAGGAAGGAGCAUGCCCGCUCAGACAGCGAGAACUGGCGCUCCUUACGGGAGGAGCAGGAGGAGGAGGAGGAGGGCAGCUGGAGGCUUGGGGCAGGGCCCCGGCGAGAUGGCGACCGCUGGCGCUCCGCCAGCCCUGAUGGCGGUCCCCGCUCUGCUGGCUGGCGGGAACAUGGGGAACGGAGGCGCAAGUUUGAAUUUGAUUUGCGAGGGGAUCGAGGCGGGUGUGGUGAAGAGGAGGGGCGGGGAGGGGGAGGCAGCUCUCACCUGCGGCGGUGCCGAGUGCCUGACGGCUUUGAGGAGGACAAGGAUGGGCUCCCAGAGUGGUGCCUGGACGAUGAGGAUGAAGAAAUGGGCACCUUUGAUGCCUCUGGGGCCUUCUUGCCUCUCAAGAAGGGCCCCAAGGAGCCCAUUCCUGAGGAGCAGGAGCUGGACUUCCAAGGGCUGGAGGAGGAGGAGGAGCCUUCCGAAGGGCUAGAGGAGGAAGGGCCUGAGGCGGGUGGGAAGGAGCUGACCCCACUGCCUCCUCAGGAGGAGAAGUCCAGCUCCCCGUCCCCACUACCCACCCUGGGCCCACUCUGGGGGACAAACGGGGAUGGGGAAGAAGCUGCGGAGAAGGAGCCCCCAGUGGCCGAAGAUGAUAUUCGGGGGAUCCAGCUGAGUCCUGGGGUGGGCUCCCCUGCUGGCCCACCUGGAGAUCUGGAGGAUGAUGAAGGCUUAAAGCACCUGCAGCAGGAGGCGGAGAAGCUGGUGGCUUCCCUGCAGGACAGCUCCUUGGAGGAGGAGCAGUUCACAGCUGCCAUGCAGACCCAGGGCCUACGCCAUUCUGCAGCCGCCACUGCCCUCCCGCUCAGCCAUGGAGCUGCCCGGAAGUGGUUCUACAAGGAUCCGCAGGGCGAGAUCCAAGGCCCCUUCACGACACAGGAGAUGGCAGAGUGGUUCCAGGCUGGCUACUUCUCCAUGUCACUGCUGGUGAAGCGGGGCUGUGAUGAGGGCUUCCAGCCUCUAGGCGAGGUGAUCAAGAUGUGGGGCCGUGUGCCCUUCGCCCCAGGGCCCUCACCACCCCCACUGCUGGGAAACAUGGACCAGGAGCGGCUGAAGAAGCAGCAGGAGCUGGCCGCGGCUGCCUUGUACCAGCAGCUGCAGCACCAGCAGUUUCUUCAGCUGGUCAGCAGCCGCCAGCUCCCACAAUGCGCGCUUCGAGAAAAGGCAGCUCUGGGGGACCUGACGCCGCCGCCGCAGCAGCAGCAGCAGCAGCAGCAGCAGCUCACGGCAUUCCUGCAGCAGCUCCAGGCGCUCAAACCCCCCAGAGGCGGGGACCAGAACCUGCUCCCGACGAUGAGCCGGUCCUUGUCGGUGCCGGAUUCGGGCCGCCUCUGGGAUGUACAUACCUCAGCCUCAUCACAGUCAGGUGGUGAGGCCAGUCUUUGGGACAUACCAAUUAACUCUUCGACUCAGGGUCCAAUUCUAGAACAACUCCAGCUGCAACAUAAAUUCCAGGAGCGCAGAGAAGUGGAGCUCAGGGCGAAGCGGGAGGAAGAGGAACGCAAGCGCCGGGAGGAGAAGCGCCGCCAGCAGCAGCAGGAGGAGCAGAAGCGGCGGCAAGAAGAGGAAGAGCUGUUUCGGCGCAAGCAGGUACGGCAGCAGGAGCUGUUGCUGAAGUUGCUACAGCAGCAGCAGCAGGCAGUCCCCGUGCCCCCCGCGCCCAGCUCCCCGCCCCCACUCUGGGCUGGCCUGGCCAAGCAGGGGCUGUCCAUGAAGACACUCCUGGAGUUGCAGCUGGAGGGCGAGCGGCAGCUGCACAAACAGCCCCCACCUCGGGAGCCAGCUCGGGCCCAGGCCCCCAACCACCGAGUGCAGCUUGGGGGCCUGGGCACUGCCCCCCUGAACCAGUGGGUGUCUGAGGCUGGGCCGCUGUGGGGCGGGCCAGACAAGAGUGGGGGCGGAAGCAGCAGCCUGGGGCUCUGGGAGGACACCCCCAAGAGCGGCGGGAGCCUGGUCCGCGGCCUCGGCCUGAAGAACAGCCGGAGCAGCCCAUCUCUCAGUGACUCGUACAGCCACCUAUCAGGUCGGCCCAUUCGCAAAAAGACGGAGGAAGAAGAGAAGCUGCUGAAGCUGCUGCAGGGCAUCCCCAGGCCCCAGGAUGGCUUCACCCAGUGGUGUGAGCAGAUGCUGCACACACUGAGCGCCACAGGCAGCCUGGACGUGCCCAUGGCUGUAGCGAUCCUCAAGGAGGUGGAAUCCCCCUAUGAUGUCCACGAUUAUAUCCGUUCCUGCUUGGGGGACACGCUGGAAGCCAAAGAAUUUGCCAAACAAUUCCUGGAGCGGAGGGCCAAGCAGAAAGCCAGCCAACAACGGCAGCAGCAGCAGGAGGCGUGGCUGAGCAGCGGCUCCCUGCAGACGGCCUUCCAGGCCAACCACAGCACCAAACUCGGCCCCGGGGAGGGCAGCAAGGCCAAGAGGCGGGCACUGAUGCUGCACUCAGACCCCAGCAUCCUGGGGUACUCCCUGCACGGAUCUUCUGGUGAGAUCGAGAGCGUGGAUGACUACUGACCAGCCCGGACCCCCAGCCCCUGGGCUGUAGGCCAGGGUGGCUGCGGCGGCAUGGACCGAGGGUCCCAGCCUGCAGGCUCCCCGCAGGGAGCAGAGGAGGAGGCAGGGGCGGGGUCCCCAGCACUUGUUACAAACACACGAUGCACCUUAACUCACCCACCACGAGGCACUUUACAGACUGGGGGAGGGGGUUUUCUUUUUAUUUUUUUUUUUUAAUUUUAAACGACUUUGAAGAAAAGUUAGGAGAGGCAAAAAUAUUGUUAAAAACUAGACUCUAAACACCCCUUCCCGCUGUGAGGAUAGUGGGUGUGACGAUGGAAGGUCCACAGAGGAUUUUUUUUUUUGUUUUUUUAAGAAAAAAGAUGAAAAAUGAAAAAAAAAUGGUUAGGAGGCUGAAAGAAAAAACACACUGUUAUUUUGGGGCAGUGGGGACACAGGCCCCGUGGACCUGUCCUGCCUGGCCCCCAAGGCCACACUUACCCCCCCGGAAGGUGGGCCAUGGGGUAACUGGAGGCUGAGGGCCAGCAGUUUGCACAGGAGGCCUGUCUGAGCCCCGCCCACUGGACCCGCUAUGAGCAGCUCCUUUCGCCAGGGCUGGCUGAGGUGUCCGGGGUGGGGCCAAAGUAGCCCCUUGGCUUCGCUGCUUUGGGGGACAGUUGCACAAAUUGGAAGAGCUGCCCCAGCUCUCUGGCUGCCAUCCUGUGCUGGCCGAGUAGAUGGGAGGGGCCAGGCUGUGCCAACCUCUCUGGCUGGCAGGGUGGGGCAGCAGGACUCUGACUCUGGCCUUGGUGAGGGGCGUCCUCCACCGCUGCCAUUUUGGGGGACACCCUGGGUUUGAACCUGAAAGCCCCAGCUCUCUGCCUUGCCACGUGAAUGUAUUCUUUGGGCCGUAAGCCCCCACCUCACCCCUGCCUGGCUCCUGCCUCACCUCUGUGAGCGGCGGGGGUGGAUGAUUGCUCCGGAGGCUGCAGAGAGAAGGCUGAGCUGUUUCUCCCGUGAAGGGGGCAGGAGGAGGGGCCUCAAAGGCAAGGAGUGGGUGGCUUUGGGCUUAGGGUUGCAGUGGAGGGACUGCCACCUGGGGCCCCAGCCUGCAGCCAGCUUGUGAGGUAUGGACCACCCAGCUCUGCACCUGACCCUUCUGCCGACCAAAUGGGAGAGGAGCAGGAGGUCUCCCGGGUCUGAUAUGAUGCGCUUUUUACCGUUGGGUAAGGUUGGGGUGAAGAGAAGCGUGCGGCUCCUGGGUCAGGGGAAGCUGCCCCUUCUAUUGCUCACCCACUUCUUAUUCCCAGUCCCCUACUUGGGUUCGUCUCCACCCAUUUUGGGUUUUGUAAGUUUUGUCUUUUGGGUUUCUCAUCCAGCUCCUCCCAUUGACCUCAUUGCUCAGAGUGCAGUAUUAGGGCAAGGCUCCGCCACUGCCUCCCUCCAUGAAUGUAUUUCUCCCUCCUGCCCUGGGGACGUGGGGAGUGGCCCCUUUCUUUCCCCAUCUAGCCCCAGAAAGAUGGUGUUUGGUUUUUUGUUGUUAGGGUUUUUUUGUUUUUUUUUUUUUUUUUUGCACCAAAGUGGCAACUAGGUCAGUGUUGGGGGAUCAAGCUGGCCUCGGGGUGGGGGGCCCCCACCUGCUUCUCCCUGGUUCCCACAGUGUUAGCGUCCCUGAAAAGACAAUAUUCUCUCUAAAGCAAUAAGGGGUGACGGGCCGGGGGGAGUGUUUGCUGCUGCUGGCCCCCAGCUCCCCUUCCCUCUCGCCAGGUGUGGGGGAGACUCCUGUUGUGACUGAAUGUAACCCCCCCACCCCUGCCGCAGCCAAUGCAGGGGAAGGGGGACACUUUUCCUGUCUCUUCCUGCCCCUUCUCCCCAGCUAAAGAGACUUUGGAUUUAGGGGGCCCAUGAGCCUGGAGAGGCCUUAACCCUGUGAGGAAGUAUAGGGGGAGCCCUCUCCCACCCCCAUCCCUUUCUGAGAGUGGUCAAUGUUUACAAGCCCCUGAGCCCCCCUGCCCAGGGACUCAGACCCUGUUGCUGUCCUUCCCCCGGCCCCGGUCUUCCUGGGCCCUCGCUGCUCCCCUGCCCUUCCUGGGGUUGGGGUGGGUGCAGGGGUCGCCGUGUUCCCUGUCUGCCUUGUACCCACAAUCUCCCGCCCCCUCUCCACCCUGUGUGACUUCCCUCUUUACCUGCUCCUGUAAAUACUCCCUUCUCCCAAUAAAACUUGGUGUGUGUUCUCCC